GGGUCGGCGGCACUACAGAGGCCCCGUUCGCCUGCGCGACUUCCUCGCGGCCCAAGCUAGCUAUGGCGGCGGCGCGGCAGCUGCCUCUUGUGGUCAUCUUGGGGGCGACGGGCACCGGCAAGUCCCGGCUGGCGCUGCAGCUCGGCCUCCGGCUCGGCGGCGAGAUCAUCAGCGCAGACUCCAUGCAGGUCUACCAAGGACUGGACAUAAUCACCAACAAAGCUUCCCUGGAAGAACAGGCGCUGUGCAAGCAUCACAUGAUCAGUUUUGUGGACCCUUUGGUGACAAACUACAAUGUGGUGGACUUCCGGAACAAAGCCACAGCCCUCAUUGAAGACCUCUUUGCCCACAAGACGAUCCCGAUUGUGGUUGGGGGGACCAACUAUUACAUCGAAUCUCUGCUCUGGAAGGUCCUCAUUGACCCCGAGAAGAAGACCAGGCCUCUGGGUCCAGGAGGCGGAGCGGCCGAUCGGAGGCUUGAGCUGGAGAAGUUGGACGGCCAAGAGCUCCAUCGCUGCUUGAAAGAGGUGGACCCCACGAUGGCAAGCAGGCUUCACCCCCACGAUAAGCGCAAGUUGGCCAGGAGUUUGCAAGUGUAUGAAGAAACAGGCUUCACCCACAGCGAGUUGCUGCAGAAGCAGCAGGAGGAGGAAGGCGGGGGCCCGUUGGGGGGGCCCUUGAAGUACCCCAACCCAUGCAUCUUAUGGCUGUAUGCAGAACAGGCAGUGCUGGACAAGAGGCUUGACGCCCGUGUGGAUGCUAUGCUGGCUGCUGGGCUGCUGGAGGAACUGCGAGACUUUCACCGGCGAUACAAUGAGGAGAAGGUGGCAGAAAGCUGCCAGGAUUACCAGCAUGGUAUAUUCCAGACCAUCGGUUUCAAGGAAUUUCAUGAAUUCCUGAUUGAGGAGGGCAAGUGUCCAGUGGAGCAGAGCAAGCAGCUCUUAAACAAAGGAAUUGAGGCCCUGAAGUUGGUGACCAGGCGUUAUGCUCGCCAGCAGAACAAAUGGGUCAAGAACCGCUUCUUAAGACGCCCUGGACCCAACGCCCCCCUUGUAUAUGGCUUGGAAGUCACUGAUCUCUCUCGGUGGGAGGAGAAAGUGCUGGAACCAGCCAUCCAGAUUGUGAACAGUUUUCUCCAGGGGCAGCAGCCUCCAGUGGAGCCCAUCAUGUUGGCGCAUGAGCCAGAAGAAGACAAGCGGAGAGGCCACGAGUGUGCAGUGUGCAACAGAAUCAUCAUUGGGGACCAAGAAUGGAAAGCUCACGUAAAAUCUAAGUCCCAUCUUUUCCACUUGAAGAAAUCACUAAAAUCACACUUGGAUCACCAUUCAGCAAAGUGCCAGAGUAGCAUCACAGAAACUUCUCAAACGUGCGCAGAAGCAUCAUCAGGGAACUUGGAAGCCUGAAAAACGUAGCCCAGUCAUCGGUGGGACCUCUGGGAUUUUGGUGGCUAUUCUUGAAGGCCAGAUUUGGGCAGGAUUCCGUCUUCACCAUGCAAAAACAAAUGGAGCCAGGGAGGAGAAUCUCACCUUUCUGUUUUGUCUUCUGCCAGGGAAUAAUCAAGCUAACACUGGCUUGAAUAUGUUGGUGCUAGUUUACCUUUCUAAGUUUCAUUUUAAAGAUACAGUGGCUGCAUUUUUGUAUUGCAAAGCCAUUAACAGUGCCUUUGGACUCUGAGACUGCUGUGUCUGCAAGGGCAAGGGAAGCCAAAACACCCCUCCUGGAACAUACACACAGUGAAAUGAACACCCACUCACCAUGGUGACACAGAGCAAUGAGCUCUUUCCAUCGCCACUCCAUAUCUUCUGUUUUAUAAGCCUCUGUUUCUCACAGGUGGGCAAGUGGUGGCCCAGGAGGCAAAUCAAACCUACAGGAGCUUUUCUUCUGGCCCUCAAGCUGCCCAGUGGCUAUUUAGGGCAUCCACCUGCCAAAAAAACUGAAGCAUUGGUUAGCAGGCCAAAAAAUAGUUCAACAGCUCGAGAGCCACUGAGAGCAGCAGUGUGGGCCACAUCUGUUUGUCUGCCCACUUUCAGAGGCUCUGAGGAAGAUGCCAGCUCUGUGCUGGAAACAGAGCCAGCCUUCGGCAGAGCCCUCAGAAGUAGGGGGGGGAGACCAAAAUGUAGUUCUCAGGCCCAAAAGGGUUC